AUGUCAGAAUCACGCGUACUUCUUACGGUUGCCGCUGAUGUAGUUAUUGCGGAAGUUGGUGAGCCGAUUCGAUUCCAAAUCGAGGCCAAAGCAAGAGUGUUUCAUCGUGACGAGAGAUUCUACAAACUCCCGAAUGCAUCUUUACACGAGAGAUACUCGCUUAUACUAGAGACGAAUCGGGCACCAACCAAUGGCAUGGAUGACUCGGCUGGCGUGGUGAAACUCGAUAAGACUAUUACGGAUGAGCAUUGUUAUCCGGUUCGGGUGCAUGUCAGCAAGAUGCACCGAGGUAAAUUAUUGGAUCAAUGGAAUAAAUGUAUCAGUGAGUGGAAGGCGGAUGAGAAUGGAUCGAAGCCGGCCGUGGUUUCAUCUCUCAUUUUGAACGGUGUACCGGACGUUUUGCGGGGCGAAGUCUGGAGACUCCUAGCCAAGGUCCACCUCGACCCCGACCUCGUCGGCACCUAUCAUCGAUUAUUAACACAGGAUUGCCCUUCCGAACAAGUGAUCUUGAAAGACAUUCACAGGACGUUCCCUGCUCAUGAAAGUUUCAAAGAAGCUGGAGGAGAAGGCCAAGAAUCGCUCUACAAGAUCAGCAAGGCGUACUCUCUUUACGAUGAGGAAGUAUCGUACUGUCAAGGGCUUUCAUUUUUGGCGGCUAGUCUGCUGCUUCACAUGAGUGAGGAGCAAGCCUUUUGCACGCUUGUCAAAAUUAUGUACGAUUAUCAAUUGAGGGAUUUAUUCAAGCUUGGCUUCGACUCGUUGCAUUUGCGAUUUUAUCAGUUGUCUCGAUUAUUAGAGGAAUAUGAAAGCAGCUUAGCUUCGCAUCUUGAACAUAUCGGAGUGGAGACACACAUGUAUGCCUCACAGUGGUUCCUCACUUUAUUCACUGCAAAGUUCCCAUUGCAAAUGGUGUUCUUCAUCAUUGAUCUAUUUCUCAGUGAG